AUGGCUUCAAAAUCCGCCAUUCUGCCGCUUUUGAGACGGGAGGUGCUCCCGACGUCCGGCCGGCCGUGGGCCAAGGCCGCACCGACGAAGCGCUGUGCUCGAUACUCUACGCGGACUACAGAAGCUCUUCAGCCGCUGUCGACGUCGCCGGCGCCUUCGAGGAAGCUCAGACACAGGGAAAACUGGCUUCGGACCGCAAUUGUAAGUCAGCGGCGAACUUUGUCCGGCACACCGGCUCGACAGAAUGCGGAAACUAGCGAGGAUACGUUUGAUCCGUCGCAGCUGGAGAGGGAAUCGGAUAGUGUGGAUGUGUGCAUAGUAGGCGGAGGUCCCGCCGGUCUUGCGGCGGCUAUCAAACUAAAACAGCUAGCGAACGAGGCUGGGAACGACGAGUUUCGCGUUUUGCUUCUAGAAAAGGCUGGCGAGAUCGGAGACCACAUCGUAUCCGGCAACGUCCUUCAGCCCACGGCUAUGAACGAGUUGAUUCCCGAUUGGCUAUCUGAAGACAAUCCUUCGCGAUUUGAACAUGUUACGCCUGCGAAGGUUGAUAGAAUGCGCUUCCUUACUGAAAACGCUGCAAUAUGGCUGCCCGAACCCCCGCAAAUGAACAACCAUGGCAAUUACAUCCUCAGUCUAAGCCAGCUUUGCAAAUGGCUGGGGGAGCGGGCGGAGGAAAUAGGGGUUGAAAUAUACCCUGGCUUUGCCGCAAGUGAAGUACUAUAUAAGCCUGACGGCUCUGUGAAGGGUGUUGCGACAAAUGAUCUUGGAAUUGGACGGGAUGGAAAACCGAAAGAUUCUUUUGAGAGAGGCAUGGAAUUCCAUGCUCGCGUUACACUUCUCGCGGAAGGGUGCCAUGGAAGUUUAACAAAGCAGGUUAUCAAGAAAUUCGACUUACGUCGAGACUCGCAACCACAGACAUAUGGACUUGGGAUAAAGGAAGUUUGGGAGGUGAAGCCGGAAAAUUUCCGAAAAGGUGAAAUUACUCACACUAUGGGAUGGCCUUUACCCCCCGAUACGUAUGGCGGAUCGUUCAUGUAUCAUUUUGGAGACAACAUGGUGGCUUUGGGCCUGGUAGUUGGCCUUGACUAUCCUAAUCCGUGGUUAUCUCCGUACGGUGAGUUCCAGAAACUCAAACAUCACCCUUUAUUCAAGUCAGUGCUUGAAGGAGGAAAAUGCGUGUCUUAUGCCGGCCGUGCUCUUGUUGAAGGCGGGUUGCAGUCGAUACCGAAAUGCGCGUUUCCAGGUGGAGCGCUGAUUGGAGACAGUGCCGGGUUCAUGAAUGUUCCAAAAGUCAAAGGAACUCAUAGCUCUAUGUUGUCCGGAAUGUUAGCCGCUAAAGCUGCAUUUUCGGCUUUGUCGGGAACAGAAGACAGAGGUAGCGUAUUCCUCUACGAAUAUGAGGACGCUUUGCGAAACUCUUCAAUAUGGAAAGAGUUAAGUGAAGUGCGUAACAUGCGCCCUUCCUUUGGCACCUCAUUAGGUCUGUAUGGUGGCAUUUUAUACUCCGGCCUGGAGGCAUAUUUGUUCAAAGGCAGAGUCCCGUGGACUCUGAACCACCAUUCGACAGAUCAUGCGGCCACAAAACCAGCAUCUCAGUUUCAAAAGAUUGAAUACCCAAAACCGGAUGGCGUGCUCAGUUUUGAUAUUUUGACCAGUGUGAGCCGCACCGGCACAAAUCACGAGGAGGACCAGCCAGUUCAUUUACAGGUUAAGGACUGGGACAAACAUACAGAUGCAGCUUGGCCAAAAUACCAAGGUGUGGAGAACAGGUUUUGUCCGGCCGGUGUUUACGAAUAUAUUGAAGAUUCGUCGAAACCUCACGGUGUGAGGUUCCAGAUCAACUCCCAAAAGUAG